GACUUUUCCAUUGCUGAAAGCUCGGUCUCCUUCUCUGCUCCUACGAUAUAAAUAUAAGAUACGAUACGAAACAGAGAAGAGAGGAAGAUCUGCUUUCUUCUCUUUGUUCUAAGCUGUCCUCUCUUUCCGUUUUCUCUUGCCCAUCGUUUCGAUUUCCUCUUCGUCGACCGUCGACGUUGCUCUGCUUCUGUCGACAUUCGAACAAUCGUUGUGAUCGUUUUCGUUUUUUAUCGAGAUUCACGCCGAAAAGAUCGGGAAGAACACGUCGCAGUUUCAGAUUUCAGUUGGUUGGCUCUAAGAUUUCUGCUUCGGGAAUUCGUCGAGAUUACAUCCUCUGUUUUUUUUUUUGGUUCUGUUACCUCUUUGAGUCUCAAUCUGAAGAUCGGCCUAGUUUUUUUUUUGGAUCUGGUGGAUCAUAGAUCGGUGAAGUCAGUUCCUGAUCACUCCGUAGCGAUCACGGAAUUGUAAGUUUUUUGUACGGAAAUUUUAUAUCAAUUCAAAUAGUUUGUUGGUAGAGUAUCCGUCAUGAUCUGCUCAGUGAAGCAUUCACCGGCUGCCCUUGGUGUUCCCGAUCUCUUACGGCUUCGGCCGAAGGCAUCAGGACUGCGUCCGCAAUCCUGUUCGCUUCCCUCUCUAUCAGUGCCAAAAUGCUCCAAUUCCGCCCUCUCUGCUCGGAAACCGCUGUAUAUUUCAUCCAUCGAAGCUUUUGGAUCUUCGGAGAGUGCAAAGGCUAGGAAGCCUAUUGUGGAAUGCAAAGCCUAUGAAGCAGAUCGAUCACAACCGAUCGAACUACCUGAUCAGCAACAAGCAAAAGCGGCCGCAGCUCAGAAGCUGAAAAUUGGUAUCUAUUUUGCAACUUGGUGGGCUUUGAACGUUGUAUUCAACAUAUACAACAAGAAGGUGCUUAACGCGUACCCCUUCCCAUGGCUCACCUCCACACUCUCUCUCGCUGCGGGAUCGCUGAUUAUGCUUAUCUCCUGGGCUCUUCGGAUUGCUGAAGCCCCCAAAACUGACUUGGAAUUCUGGAAAACUCUUUUCCCGGUUGCGGUGGCACAUACCAUCGGACAUGUUGCUGCUACUGUGAGCAUGUCGAAGGUUGCGGUUUCGUUCACUCACAUCAUCAAGAGUGGUGAACCUGCGUUCAGCGUCUUAGUUUCUAGAUUUCUUCUGGGUGAAACUUUUCCAGCUUCGGUAUAUCUGUCACUUGUCCCAAUUAUUGGCGGCUGUGCUCUUGCCGCUGUGACGGAGCUUAACUUCAAUAUGAUUGGGUUUAUGGGGGCUAUGAUAUCAAAUCUGGCGUUUGUGUUCCGGAACAUAUUCUCAAAGAGAGGGAUGAAGGGAAAGUCUGUCAGUGGCAUGAAUUACUAUGCUUGUCUGUCCAUAAUGUCUCUGCUGAUUCUCACUCCCUUCGCAAUUGCUGUGGAGGGUCCACAAUUAUGGGUAGCUGGCUGGGAGAAAGCGAUCUCUCAGAUUGGACCCAAUUUAAUAUGGUGGGUGGCAGCACAAAGUGUGUUUUAUCACUUGUACAAUCAGGUUUCAUAUAUGUCCUUGGAUGAGAUCUCACCCUUGACGUUUAGCAUUGGAAACACCAUGAAGAGGAUUUCCGUCAUUGUCUCCUCCAUCAUCAUCUUCCGCACACCUGUCCAACCCGUCAACGCCCUUGGAGCUGCCAUCGCAGUCCUUGGAACCUUCCUCUAUUCCCAGGCGAAACAGUAAGAAACAGGAGUAGAGAGCUUAGCUUUUUCCUUGUAUCAGCGUGAAGGAAAAAGAAUGGUUGGUGAGAUUGACUAGAGCUGUUGAUAAAACUCAAUUUUAUGGCCCAAGAAUAUUGGGAUUUUGGUGCUACGGAGUUUCUUCUUGUCAAUAGGAAUAAGAAAGAUUAUUAGUAAUAGUAUUACUAUACAGCUGGAUAGAUUAGGAGUUUUGGUGAUUCAUUUACAUUAAAAUUAUCUGUAUCUGUUUUCAGUUUUGGGGGUUGAUAAUAAUGUCUUUGGGAACAUAUAACCCAUUGGUAUGUUGUUGAUAGGUUCCUUUGUUUCCUCUUAUCUAAACCAGUAUAAUUGGUAAUUGGCAGGAUUUUGAGUUCUUACCUCAUCUACUUCA